UUAUUUAUACCAGGAACAUGUAAUAAAUACACGAGUGAAACGUACGUUAGGCAUUUCCAGAAAGUAAACAACUCAAACACAGAUCAUAUAAAGAUCUUUGUAAGCAAAAACAUAAUCAAUUGAAAAACCGAGAGGAACUUUUACUUACGUCUUUAAGGUUAAUUAAGUAAACCUGUGUGUUUAGUUGUAUUCAGUUGACAAUGAAGAUGGAACUUGUACUGAAAUACCGCAGUAAAACGUGUCAAUAUUCCGGCAUAGCCUUAAAGGAUUUUUAUAUGCCAGUAGUGAACAACAUCGAAUCAGACUUCCAAAUCGAACCUGCCAUUUGGUUUAAAAGCCUGAUUAUCAAAACUAUUCAGAUAGACUGUGAUUUGAGAAAUGUGUUUUGGGAACGGAAAAGUCAACUUGGUGGUUCUGGUUCCCUUAGAGUUGUCUUUGAGGAUGACCGUUUAGAAGAGUGCGAACUGUUUAAUGCUGUUAUUGAUCUUAUUCAUAAACGUGAUAAAAAGAAUUGCAGUGUAGACGAUGUGUCCAGGGAAAUAUUGCGCAUAUUACAUUUACAUGUUUUACCUCUGGUCCUUCUCAAAGAUGAAGACCUUACUUGUCUAAAGGAUGCACUAGACGACGUGGAACAUAGAAUCACAUAUAUGAACAAUUUAACAAUUGAUAAAGAUAAACAAUUAAUGGAAUCAGAAAAAAACCUUCGAGAAUAUAGAGAAAGUUUGUUGCGAACUGAAAAUUUUGAAAGUUAUAGUAAUGUUAAGCAUUGCACUGACAAAUUCCUAAUGGAACUUCUUGAUGAUGUUAACCGAGAAAUCAGAAUAUUGACAGAUCGUCUGAUUACAUUCCAAAGUUGUGUCGACAUGACCCACAAUAGUGUCGCAAACGAAAGUAAGAUUCAUUUAAUAGAAUGGAGGAAGAAAAGAGAUGUAGUAAAUUCUUCGAUUCUUAAACUACAAUGCAUCCGUGAAUCUAUCAAAAAUGUUACAACCAGAACAAAAAGGAGGAAAAAAGUUAAGAUUAUACAUAGCGAAAAACAUGACACUUAUGUAACACUAAAAGAAAAUUUGCGAGCCGAUAAAUCAGCUAUGCAAAGCAUGUUUGAAGGAAAAGUGAAAAUCACGUCCGUACGGGAAGCGAUUAUCCAAGCGUGUAAUGAUCUGAAGGCCUCCGGUGAAAGUACAGGCUAUGAUGUACCUAAAUGUGGAGAGCGCUUGUCAACCGAUAUCCUUGGAAAUAGCCCAAAACCCAAGAAAUGGUUAACGUUGAAUGAAAGGAUUCAAAACAUAUUAAGUGACAAAUCAACUGAAUCUGCACAGACAUACACUACUUUUUGUGCAUCAACAGUGAAGAAAAUCAGAAAUUUUCUUAGUCAAAAAGCACUAAUUGACAGGAAACGAUCCGAAAACGUUCCAUUUUUUAUGGAAAUGAUUGAUUUUUCACUUCCAUCUCAACAAAUGGAAAAGCAAAAAGCAAUCGGUAAUCCGUACGAAAAUGUGAGUACAGAACUAAAAACAGAGACACCCGAAAAAGGGUUUACAAAUAUGAUAAAAGAAGAAGUAAUGCAACAUAUUUAUGACCAAUGUCAGUCAUUGGUUCAAUUGUUAUCUAAACAGAAAUCAUUCAACAAGAAAGCCAAUUGCACCAAAAUCAACCUUAACAAUGUAUGGGUGUUUUACGAACUACAACUUUAUCAACAUUUGAUUGAGCCAUUAUCCGACCUCUUCGAAAACAUCUAUAAAGAUGAAGCUAAAGAAAUGGCUUCUUUUGUUACAUCGACAUCUUUGAAAGAAAUCGGUGUGCAAGAACAAUGGCUUCUAGAUGAUGAUGAAGAUGAAUCCGUCUGUAUGCGAAACUCAUCGAACAAAUGUUUUGAGAAAAACGUUGCCAUAGUUGCAUUACGAAAUGGGCGUACCCUAACGCUUAGUGAGUUGUGUGAAAGUGAUGAGGAGUUAAACGAUUUUUUCGGAAGUCCUACGGUAGAUUGUGACUCCUACUUGUCACCUGACUUACAUCAAAAAGAUUUUAAAUGCACAAAAGCAUGUGGACAACAAGCUUUUAAAUAUGUGUGUAAUGAACUUGAACACAUGACUCGAUCAAAGAGCAUUAUGGGAAAGUUAAAAAGUAUAACGAAAGCCAAUCGAAUGAUUAGUGAAUGUGCAUCAUCUUUGAAAUCGAAAGGUUGUGAACUAAGUGAUGACAAUGCAUUAAGUGCUGACGAUAUGCUUGCAAGUACAACAUGUGCUUUGAAAAAAGUAGACAUGAUAGUAUUUGAGAAACUGUAUGCGCAUGUACAUUUGGUAAACGAUUUCAUUCCACCAUUUAUGAUGGGAAGUCUUCAAGACUGGUCUUUAACAAAUUUCUUCUGUGCAUUUCAAAGCAUAUCAUGCAAUCUUGAAUCCACACGAUCACAAAAUUAAUUGUA